GUUUGGGGUCGGUGGUUGGUGCAUGGAACGCACGGAGAAUAUUUGGAUCGAAAGUUAUGAUCCAACGAUUGAGGAUUCGUACCGCAAGGUUAUCGAGGUUGAUGUGAGUAUUUUGAGAUUUCUUCUCCGUCUUGGCAUGGAGGUGGAGACACAUGAUCAUGAUGCUAACGCGACCUUUUGA